AUGGCUAAAGAUAAAAAGGCCAAGGCUGCCGAAAAGAAGGCCCGGACAGCUGCCAAAUCCUCAAAAAAGGCAGCGAAAAAAGAAAAAAAGGUCACCAACAAACGACGUCCAGGCGAUGAUUCUGACUCGGACGACCAGGACAUUGAUGCCAUUCUCGAAGAAUACAAACUCAAGCAAGCCCAGCAUAUGGCCAUUGCAGAAACUAUCUGUCCUCCACCCCCCGUGCGCGCAAAUUCAAUCCUAAUGCCCCACCCUACAAACUCGAAAGAACUAUUCCUCUUCGGUGGCGAAAUCUACACCGGUACUCCUCCUAUCGCUAAGUUCUUUAACGAUCUAUACGUCUACCACACCGAGCGAAACGAAUGGCGCUCCUACACCUCUCCAAACAGUCCCAUGCCCCGCUCGGGAGCAGCAAUGACUUCCAACGGCCAAGGAAAACCAGAGCUAUGGCUAUUCGGUGGAGAAUUCAGUUCUCCAAAGCAAGGUAUCUUUUACCACUACGCCGACUUUUGGAAGUUGGAUUGUAGUAGUAGAGAAUGGACUAAAAUCGAAGCCAAAGGCGCUCCUUCCGGGAGAUCCGGCCACCGUAUGACCCACUACAAAAAUUAUAUCCUCCUCUUCGGUGGCUUCCAAGCCACCUCUCCAAUAACCACGAAAUACCUCAACGACCUAUACAUCUUCGACACAAACACGCAUACCUGGACUACCAUCCCCAUCCCGGCCAGUUACCUCGCAUACCCACCACCACGCUCUUCCUUCUCCUUCCUCCCACACGAACACGGCGCCGUCCUAUUCGGCGGCUACAGCCGAGUUAAAGCCGCCUCGUCAUCAUCAGCCCAACAAGCCCUCAGCCACAAGAAGAAGAGUUUAGGCCAAAAAAUCAAAGAUCUACCACUUUAUCACACGGACUCCUACCUGCUCAGAAUAAACCCUGCAGACCCAAAACUGUCGAAAUGGGAGAAGAGGAAGAAACCGGGGAACAUGCCUACUACACGUGUAGGUAUCACAAUGGCACACCAUCGUGGUCGUGGUGUAAUGUUUGGAGGUGUAUACGACGUUGAAGAUUCAGAGGAAGCACUGGAAAGUAAAUUCUUUGAAGAUAUGUGGGUUUAUGCUGUCGCGCAGAAUAGGUUUUGGGAGAUUAAAAUGAGGAAGAGUAAGAAGGUUGUUAAAAAGGAUGAUGGCGGAGCGGCAAUUUCGAGAAGGGAUAGGGCGAAACAAGAUGAAUUGGAACUUCUGAAAAAUUUGGCGUUAUUGGAAACGAAGGCUGGGGUAACGACAACGGCGGAAAUUCCGUUACCUAUUGAGGUUGAAAAGGAAGAGGAAGAAGAAUUGAAAAAUCCGUUGGCGAAGGCAGAACCUUCUCUCAUCCUACCCGCAGCAAGAUUUAACGUCGCAUUGGCAGUGCAGGGGGAUUGGCUGUAUAUGUACGGUGGAACCUUCGAAAAGGGAGACGUGGAAAUUACAUUCGACGAGAUGUACAAAGUCAACCUCGAAAAACUCGACGGCGUUAUAACAAUUUUCAAACGCGACAGUGUGAUUGGUGGAGAAGAAGAUAUGGAUCUGGAUGAUGACGAUGAAGAUGACGAUGGUGAAGAGGACAGCGAAAUGGAUGAUGAGGAAACCGAAGACGAAGACGAAAAAGCUAAGGCGGAUGAAAUUAAGCGGAAGCAAGAGGAAGGAAGGAAAGCAAAGGCAUUGAAAAAAGAAGCUGUCGAAACACCAUUAUCGCCUAUCUCCCCAACAUCUCCGACAUUUACAGACAAUGCUACAGAAAUUGUAGAACCCGAGUCAAACCUACCGCUCCCAUUACCGUUCGAAACUUUACGCGAAUACUUUGUCAGAACAUCAGAACUAUUCCAAUCCGAAGUCGUUGAAGAACUAAGAUUCAAACCGGUUAGUGUGGCAGAAGCUACCACCGUAAAGGAGAUUAGAACUGCAGCAUUUGAAAUGGCAGAAAAGAGAUGGUGGGAUGUCAGAGAAGAAGUUAGAGAAGAGGAACGCAAACUGGAGGAACUGGGGGUUACUGAAAGUGUGGUUAUGACGGAUAAAGACGGUGGUAGCGGUGGUGGUAGCGGAGGACCUCGAAGGCGAUAG